UCUCCUUCAUAACUCCAUCAUCAUCAUCCUCACCAUUUAUCGAAGAUCCCAAAUGAUUCAAAACGCUGCGUUUUCGCUGAUAGUAAACCUCUUCCUCCUCUCUUUCAUUUUUUCACAUGUCGUCGUUCUCUGCGUCGUCGACUCGCAGUUCCGGACCUGUAGUGUCCCUAAAUCAUGCGGUGACGGCCAAAUAAUCAAGUUCCCGUUUUCCAUCCACGGCGGCCGAGAAAGCUUCUGCGGCUUCCCUGGCUUCGAGCUCUCUUGCAACGACAAUGGAAACCCAGUUCUCCAAUUACCCGAUAACCAAUACGUCGUCCGCCAGAUCUCUUACAACAACCAAUCUCUUCGCAUAUCCGACGCCGUUUUCAACCACAUAAACAAAACCACCACCGUCUGUCGUGACUUCCCACCAAUCCAAAACCUGACCUUACUCGAAGACCGGUUCCGCGUCCUGUCUCGAGGGAAGCUCUUCUUGCUUUACAACUGUAACUUAUCAUCCGGCAGCCGGAAUCUUGAACAAUACAAGAUUAGCUGCGAUGGCGGGAAUCGGAAUGGAACAGCGUUGACGACUCUGGCUCUGCCGUCGGAGGAGGAGGAGGGUUUGGCGUUGAAGGAGUGUGGGAACGACGCUGUUAUGGUUCCGGUCGUGGUGGACGAGUCGGGGAGAGGUGAGUCGACUCGUGAGUUGCUGAGUCGGGGAUUCUGGGUGAAGUGGGUGGCGAGUAAUUGCAGUAUAUGCGAGGAGAGUGGAGGCAAGUGUGGGUUCGACGAGUCUACUUAUCAUUUCAAGUGUUUUUGCCCUGAUCGACCUCAUGCUUGGCGCUGCAAUACUUCUACUGGGCAUGACUACGGAUGGAAGAUAGCAACAUGUACUGCAGCAGUCUUCUUCGUUGUAAUUGUCUUAUUUGCCGUCUUCAUGCUUCCGCGAUACCGUAAAAUAAAAUCUCUGUCAUCACAGUUAUUCUCAAGGAGUACUUCUUAUCACUCCAAAAAAUUAGAUCUGGAAGCAGGCAGAGUGUAUUUUGGAGUUCCCAUCUUUUCUUACAGUGAACUUGAAGAAGCCACUAACAAUUUUGCCAAUGACAAGUUACUUGGAGAUGGAGGCUUUGGAACCGUAUACCAUGGCAAACUUCGAGAUGGGAGGGAAGUCGCAGUCAAGCGUCUAUAUGAGCACAACUAUAGAAGUGAGCAGUUCAUGAAUGAGGUCGAAAUCUUGACAUGUCUGCACCAUAAAAAUCUUGUCUCCCUCUAUGGUUGCACUUCGCGUCACAGCCAGGAACUCCUGCUUGUAUACGAGUUCAUAUCUAAAGGCACUGUUGCUGAUCAUCUCCAUGGUGAUCAAGCAAAUCCUAGUUCAUUAACAUGGCCUACUCGUAUGAACAUUGCCAUAGAAACUGCAAGUGCAUUAACCUAUCUCCAUGCAUCAGAUAUCAUACACCGUGAUGUGAAAACUACCAACAUUCUCCUUGAUGAUAACUUUACUGUCAAAGUUGCAGAUUUUGGGCUUUCCCGAUUGUUCCCAAGUGAUGUAACUCAUAUAUCAACUGCUCCACAGGGAACUCCUGGGUAUGUUGACCCUCAAUAUCACCAAUGCUAUCAGCUCACUGACAAAAGCGACGUCUACAGCUUCGGAGUUGUUCUUGUCGAGCUGAUAUCAUCCUUGCCUCCAGUUGACAUAACUAGGAAUAGGAAUGAGGUUAACUUAUCUAAUUUAGCAGUAAACAAGAUACAAAACUGUGAAUUUGAAGAGUUGAUUGACCCAAAUCUUGGGUAUGAAUCUGAUGAAGAAGUUAGACGAAUGACAACUUUAGUUGCAGUAUUGGCAUUUAAAUGUUUGCAGCAGGAUCCGGAAAUUAGACCUACCAUGGAAGAGGUUCUGGACGAAUUAAAGAAAAUCCAAAGUGGGGAAUGCAAGUUGGAGAAUGCAGAGACAAGACAGGAUGAACCUCAGUUGAUGAAGAAUAAAGAGGCCCCACCGUCACCACCUGACAGUGAUAAAGUUGCAUUACUAAUGAAGAUCAAGUUCCCUUCUUCACCGAACUCUGUGACUGAGAAGUGGUUUAGUACAGAUACUACACCGAAUACCAGUGGAUGAAGAUUUUUGUUUCCUCCUUUUAUCUUCCCCAGUCUCCUCCAUUUUAUCGAUAGAUGGUGAGGAUUCAUUUUUUUACCAAUCAUAAUAUACAAAUAAGUUUUGCUUCCAUCAAUGGUUUUUUGUAUAAAGUAUCUUUUUAACAGCGAAUCAUUAAAAAUGUAUAUAGCUGAUGGGGUUUCAUUCUUAAACAAAUGUUCGUAUGUUUGACAUUUUUUUGAUGGUGACGCUGUUUAUAUGAGGUGGUAUUUUUAUUUACUGAAC